CUGGGUAAAUGAAAAUCAGCUGAUUUUUGUUUACAAAAGUAAAACUUUGCAACGUUAACAGACAUUAUUUGUCAACGUUACUUCAUGAGUGAGUGUUGGAAAAACGAAGUUAGAUUUGUGAAAGAUGAUACAAAUUUUGUUGGAAUUAAAUGAAUAUUGAAUCAUCAAUUAUGACUCAAGAAUGGGACAAAAGGUUUCAGUGGGGUCAGUUGUAAAUUUUGAAGGGAAAAAUACACUCUCAAAAUCAGGUCAAUACAGAUUUCAAACACGUUAUAACUACAUACACUGUCCUACGAAUUCUGACUACAUAGUUGCCAACAAUAUAUGUGAAGCUAACUCCAGUCAUUUGUACACUAGCAGAGAUGACGGCUCGCAUCCAAUGCUAAACUCAAGGACUAUAGACAGGGGAAAAGAAGAAUAUUAUUACCAACACUCGUAUUGUUUAAAUUUCAUUUAACUCUUAUUUUGACACCAUAUUUGAUUUUGUAAAUUGUUAUUAAAACAUAUCAGUGUGUCUACAUCAGUCGUGUUUAUAGUGUUUAACAUACUAAAUUGGCUUAAUUGAAUUCAUCAAAUAGUAACACGAUAUAAUUUACGAAUAUGGCUGACAAAUAUCCAAUACAAGAAUCGUUAACUGAAAGUACUCAGGAUCCUGACAUCAAUGAAAGUUCAAAUGGCAGUCAAUUAGAAACAGAGCCUUGUGGGCAGAGUAUUGCGUUCAACUGUUCUCUGACGGUAGAAAUGAUUGAAACACCGAGCAUGGAUGACAGACCAAGUCGUACUGAAAGCUGUCAGUCACGUUCACCGAGGUAUGUGCCAAAGUACUCUAGAAUUCAAUCCGAAGCAACAAGACUUUCGACUUAUAAAAGAUGGCCAAAACAAAUAAAGCAGAGUCCGCAGCAAUUGACAAGGGCUGGACUUUUCUUCACUGGUUAUGAUGACUGUGUAUGUUGCUACGUCUGUGGAGGACACAUACGUCAAUGGGCACUUGAAGAUGAUCCUUGGAUAGAGCAUUGCCGGCUGUUUCCCUUGUGUCCGUUUACCUGGGAGCAUAAAGGAGAGCAAUUUAUAAACCAGGCACUUUCUGGGUCAGAUUUUGAAAAUGAGAUAUUCCAUUGCCCUGAUGAUACAAAUGAUCGAACCCGUUCAGGAAUGGAACAACAUUUACAGAGAGCUGUUCUUGAAGAAAACAGAAACAGGCUUUUACAAAUGGGAUAUACAGAUUCUUACUUCAUGAAAGCUAUUAUACACUUAAGAAACUUAGGUAUCACGGAGCCAUCAGUUUAUGAUAUUGUAAAUUUAGUGGCUGUUGUAAAAGAUGGAUUCAUUGAGAAUAUGACGGACGAUGAAGAAGAAGAUGAUGAUGAUUAUGAACAAUCGUUUCAAGAAAACCGGCGUCUUAAAAGCAUGCUGUUCUGUAUGGUUUGUAUGAGACGGAUUGUUGGUAUUCUUUUCCUUCCAUGUGCUCAUAACAAAACUUGUGCUGAUUGUGGAAAAGAUUUGUUACAGUGUCCAGCUUGCGGUUACCAGAUUCAAGAGAAAAUAGAGACGUCACUUCAAUGAUGAACAUGUUAUCAAUUACUGUUAAGGCAGACACAAAUAAAACUUAUUUUAUUACA